GUACACUAAUAAAUUCUUCUUCGGGUUCUUGUUCAUGCAUCAUCCAAUUGUUUCCAAUUUCAUUGCUAAUCUAAAGUUUUUCUGGGUUUGAUUUUUUUUUUUUUUAAUUUAUUUGUUCCAAUCUAAGUUCAAUAGCUGAUGAAUUCUCACACAAAGAUGAGCCUCAAUGCAACAUCUGUUAUUUUGAUUCACUUAGUUGUCUGGUCAUAUUUAGGUAUGUUCAGUGUCAUUCAUGGUACUUUGAGUGAUAUACUUUGCUUGAGAUCUGUCAAAGAAUCCAUUGAAGAUCCUUUGAAUAGCUUGACCUCCUCAUGGAACUUCGACAACCAAACAGAAGGUUUUUUAUGUAAAUUUUCUGGGGUUGAUUGCUGGCACUUUGAUGAGAGCAAGGUACUAGCUUUAAACCUCUCUAGUAUGGGGCUUAGGGGAAAAUUCCCUAUGGGAAUUCAAUUUUGCAGUAGCUUAGUGUCCUUGAACCUUUCCAAUAAUGCAUUCUCAGGAUCCAUACCAUCAAAUAUAUCUAGGUUGAUACCCUAUCCGACUAUCCUUGAUCUUUCCCACAACAAUUUUUCUGGCGAAAUUCCAAGCAGCUUUUCGAACUGUAGUUAUCUGAAUGUUCUUAGGCUUAAUCACAACCAGAUAGUAGGCAAUUUACCUCUGGAACUGGGUCUUCUUAGUAGGAUCAGAGGAUUUAGUGUUGCUCAUAAUAUGUUGACAGGACAAGUUCCUGAAUUCAUUACAGCUAAAUUUAGGACUGAGAGCUACGCACACAAUGCACGACUAUGUGGGGGUCCUUUGGAACCCUGCCAUCACCAUGAAAAAGAAUUGGAUGAUUACUGCAAAUUUGGAUUUGUAACUGGCUUCGUGGUUUCAGUGAUAGCUGUGUUUAUAUUCGGUAAUAUGACUAUGAUGUCUAUGUUUGUGUCUCUGUUUAGUUCUUGGUUGCAAGCUAUACAGCUGGUUAUGCAGAUAAUAUCAUUGUCCAUGGUCGGGAACAAGAAGAGAAACAAAGCUAAUCAAUGGAACCUUUUGAAAACUUUGAACGGCAAAGAGUAUACCAGGCUAGAAAAAUUGGUCAAUAAAAUAAGCUUCACAGAACUUGUCAAGGCAACAGACGAUUUCAAUGUCGCUAAUGUCAUUGGAAGGGGAAAGAUGGGGACAAUGUACAAAGCAACACUCCCAAAUGGUUGGUUUCUUGCAGUUAAGAGUAUACAAAAUGACUCUGAACAAUUAGAGAGCCAAUUCAUAUCUGAACUAUUGGCUUUGAGUAGAUUGAGACAUGAAAAUUUAAUCCCCUUGUUGGGCUGCUGUAUAGAAAAGAAUGAAAAGUUUCUGGUUUACAAAUACAUGUCAAAUGGUAACCUUCACGAUUGGUUGCAUCCAGCAGAAGGAGACAAUAGGAUUUUGGAUUGGCCUUCGAGGGUCAAAAUUGCCGUUGGAAUAGCGAAAGGAUUGGCAUGGCUCCAUCACAAGUGCAUAUUCCGAGUAGUCCAUCGUAACAUUGCAACGAAGAGCAUCUUACUUGAUCGUUAUUUCCAGCCGAACAUAUCAAAUUUUGAGAACUCGAUCAUAUCAAACCACGGAGGGGCAAUGUUUCUGUAUCCAAAUGACAAUGAUUCAGGUUUGUUAGUAAAUAGUGGGGUCUGGGAAUCUGAUUUUGUUAAGAAAGAUGUUUAUAACUAUGGAAAUGUGCUUUUUGAGCUCAUUACGGGAAGAGAAACGGUUCCUAGUUCAUUUUCUACUAGUAUUCAGAAGAUUUUGCAGGAAUGGUUUGACCAUCUUCCAAGUGACAGUGAUUCUUCUAUUCUGAAUGACAUAAUCGAUAAAUCUUUGAUUGGUAAAGGAUUUAGUGGAGAAAUCCUGCAGUUCCUCAGAAUUGCCUCAGAUUGUGUUCAGCCAUUUCCAUAUCAGAGGCCAAGGAUGCUUGAAGUCUACAAAAGAAUAAGCAGUUUUGGAGAGAGAUAUGGAAUCCAAAGUGAUCCAAGAAUACUUAUGCAACCCAAUGAAAAGAGACUGAUGACUGUAAAUCUCAGAUAGGGUAUAUAAACUGUGAUAGUCAAAUAAUUCUGUCAUUUGCUUAUAUGUAACAAAUUCAUGCUUCACUGGAAACAGAGAAAAGCAUUGUAAUAAUUGAAGUGUAUGCUUACAAUAUUUUACACAAACACGGACAUACACACACACACACACACACACACACACACACACACACACGCACAUCUAUAAUGCUUUAAAUGUAACAAAAAAUGGAAGUUCCGAACAAAAACAGUCCUUUGGCACAUUGAAAAGUGAACUAAAUUUUCUUUAUUGUUGAAAAUUCAGGUUCAUUGGUUCUUAAGGAGAUUCAUGAAAACAUUUUCUAAGGAUCGUAAAUUAAAGUAUACAUAAAUACGGAAAUUCUUCCUUGCUUGGAAAGAAGCAGAAUACUAUGUAGCAUAUCAUGGAUGCUAGUUUCUAUUCAAACUUGGCAUAAUGUUUUAGUUAUUUCAAUUUUUUUUUUCUAAGAAAAGACAACCAUUGACUGUCAUGCUUAAUUGCACAUUUUCAAAAUCAUGCUUAAUUGCACAUUUUCAAAACAUUAAAGAGCAAAAUUGAAGUUGCAGAAGAACAUUAUAAAAGUAAGAUUUGGUCAACAAAGCAGGGGAGGCUUAUUCCACUUUUGCAUUACUUGAUAAUUUUGUUGAAAUAUCAGCCAUCCGUUGUCGUCUAAUUAUUUAUUUAUUCACGGAGAUUAAUGGGUCACUGAUAUCCUUCCCAGGUCCAUCAAAAUGACACGUCAUUUCCUUUUUGCUCUCGGUCUCUUUCAACCAUAUAUAUAAGGAUUCUGAUGGAAUGAGCUUGGUUCAUUUCCAUUUUGUUUUCCUGAUCAUAUUUAUUGUUCUCAAAAAUUUACUUGUGGACAUGUACAAGCGUUCUUUUCUUUUAUGUUUUACAAAUAUUAGCAAUUAUUUUUUCAAUGCUUUUACUUUCAGAUUUCCCCUUUCUUAAUUACAAGCAGUUCAAAAUCCCUACUUUGUCUUAACAUAUUGUUUCCCAUUAAAUCUCCUCUGGUCAAUUCUGUUUCAUCUGCAGAAGGAAGUCUAGCUUGCUUCCAAUUCAUUCAUAUACUUCCUUUGUUGUUGGUAUUUUUGUGCGUUUUAUGCAAGUCAUGCAAGAGAUUUUGAAAAAAAAACUACAGCAUUUCUUCUACCAUGUUUUCUGAAAUCUAGGAUUACACGCACAGCCCCCCC